AUGGCUCAACUACCAUUACUCCCGUCAAUAACAAAUUAUACAACUUCCACAUUCUCAACAACUUCAAGUUCUGUUUCUUCAUCAACGUCCAGUGUAUCAUCCGCAUCCACUGAAACAUCAAUAUCAUCUGCAUGUAUCUCUAUCUCAUCUGCAUUAUCAAAGAAAUCUUCAAGUAAAAGAGCUGAGAAGAGUAAAAAGAAAAAAUCAUCAUCAUCAAAGAAGAAACAUCAAAAAAAGGAAGAUCCCAUCUCAUCUGCCAUACUCACAGAAGAUGGUAUCAAAAUUAGAGCAAAGACAUCCUCUUCCACUUCCAAUUCAAAUUCAUCAACUCCAAAUCCAUAUUCAUUAUCAAAUAGUACAAGUAAUGUGAAUAGUACACUUACCAUCAAUACAAGUACCACAAGUUUUAGAAGUAGUACGGAUUCUCAUUUGGAAACAGCUUCACUUAUAAGCUGCGUUACCUGUUUAAGUGAUAAUCCUGCUAAUGAUUCUCAAGGUAGCAAUAAUAAUAGUCAUACAACAACAUCGGUCAAUGGACAAUUACCAGAUAAUGUUGUUAUACCGUAUGGUAGAAUAUUAAAUGCCAAAUAUAUUGACCCUAUCAAGAAGAAUAAUUUAAUAGAAAUUGUAUUUGCCAAACCAAGAAGACAUGACGUUAUCCCAAAAAAAUUAACAGUAUCCAUUGAAAAUCAAUAUUUAAAUGGUGAUCUGUUAGAUGAAAUUAUGGAUAGAAGUUAUAAAAAUACGAAAAGGAAUAGAUCCAUUCUCGUAGUAAUAAACCCAUUUGGUGGUAAGAGGAAAGCUAAAAAGGUAUUCAUGAGUAAGGCAAAACCAUUAUUGUUAGCAAGUGAAUGUUCCAUUGAUAUAGCAUAUACUGAAUAUAUUGGACAUGGUAUCAAAAUUGCACAAGAAUUGGAUAUUGACAAAUAUGAUACCAUUGCAUGUGCCUCAGGAGAUGGCAUCCCACACGAAAUUAUGAACGGAUUAUAUAGACGCCCUGAUCGUGUCAAAGCCUUUAAUAAAUUAGCAAUAACACAAAUUCCAUGUGGGUCCGGUAAUGCCAUGAGUGUUUCUUGUCAUUGGACAAAUAAUCCAUCAUAUGCAACUUUAUGUUUAAUUAAAUCCAUUGAAGUUCGUGUGGAUGUCAUGUUAUGUUCUCAACCUUCAUAUGUGGACCAAUUUCCUAAAUUAUCAUUCUUAAGUCAAACUUAUGGUGUCAUUGCAGAAUCAGAUAUAAAUACAGAAUCAUUUAGAUGGAUGGGUUCUGCACGUUUCGAAUUAGGUGUAGCAUUCAAUAUUUUACAACGCAAGAAAUAUCCAUGUGACAUCUAUGUGAAAUAUGCUGCUAAAUCCAAAAAUGAAUUAAAAUCAAGGUAUUUGAAACAUAAGACGAGGGAAUCCCUAAGAUUUCAAGAUGAAUUGGAAGAACAACAACAAGGUCAAUUAUAUGGUGUCAUUGAUGGAGAAGCAGGUUAUGUUCCUGAUCCAGGAUCAGUGACAGAAGAAGAUUUUCAUAUAAAAUAUCCAUUCCAUGAGGGUGUUCCUAAUGAUUGGGAAAAAGUAGAUUCAAAUAUAACUGAUAAUUUGGGUAUAUUUUAUACGGGGAAAAUGCCAUAUGUGGCUGCUGAUACAAAAUUUUUCCCAGCAGCUUUACCAUGUGAUGGUGCCAUAGAUAUGGUCAUAACAGAUUCUCGCACUCCAUUUACUAGAAUGGCUCCCAUCUUAUUAGCAUUAGAUAGAGGUUCUCAUGUCUUACAACCAGAGGUAAUUCAUUCCAAGAUUCUAGCUUACAAGUUGGUACCAAAAUUAACAAAUGGUUUAAUAGCUGUGGAUGGAGAGAAAUUUCCCCUAGAACCUAUUCAAGUGGAAAUCAUGCCCAGAUUGUGCAAGACAUUAUUAAGGAAUGGUGUCUUUGUUGAUACAGAUUUUGAUUCAAUGUAG